GUCGUGUACAUCUAUCAUCGCGCUGCUGGCCGAGCGAGACAUCGCGAGGCAUUUCGAAGUCCACGGCCGUCGUGCCAGAACGAGCAGCAAUCUUCAGUUUGCCCGGCCAGAUCCAGCUCCGCGGUCGCUGCGUGUACCUUGCAUUGUUGUCGCGAGGUGACGUCGGUCGCCAGAUUUCCGUGUGCCAUCACUUUCUCACCGCACCCACCACGGAAUCGCGAGGCUGCUGGGCAAGCCGGGGGCGGAGGUUGCUGGUAUUUGCUCGUAGGUCGCGCGGGUCGUGACCAGCACCUCCAUCGAACAUGCACAUUUGCUUCCGCCUGCUGUUCUCGGUGCUGGUUGCCGAAGCCCUCGCCGCACCUCCAGCUCAGAUUCCGUUGCAGGACGAGCAGGCGCCAGCGAGCGCGCUUUCUCACACGACGAAGAAGAGGAAACUUCACGGCCGCUUCUUGCACAUCACAGACUUCCACCCAGACCGAUUCUACCAAGUCUCCUCGUCGACUUCCGAAGAUGCAGCGUGCCACCGCGGACAAGGCCCGGCGGGCAUCUACGGCGCCGAGUCCAGCGACUGUGACAGUCCGAUUGCCCUGAUCAAUAAGACGAUGGAAUGGGUCGCAAAAGAGUUCAAGGAUAGUAUCGACUUUGUCAUCUGGACAGGCGACUCGGCGCGUCACGACAAUGAUGAGGAGUACCCGCGAACGGCGGACCAAGUACUUGGUUUGAAUAGGUUCAUGGUGGAUAAGAUGACCGAAGCAUUCGGCAGGCACAAUGGCGACGAGGAGGACGAUGAUCCCAACAACGACUUCGUCAUCCCAAUUGUGCCGAACUUGGGAAACAACGACAUUCUGCCACACAACAUUCUGGCCAAAGGCCCGAACAGAUGGACCAGAACCUAUGCGGGCCUCUGGAAGCAGUUCAUCCCGCAAGUCCAGUCGCAUUCUUUCGAGCAGGGAGGUUGGUUCUACGUGGAAGUGAUCCCGCAGAAGCUCGCGGUAUUUAGUCUGAAUACCCUCUACUUCUUCAACAGUAACGCUGGCGUCGAUGGAUGCGCACUGCACGGAGAGCCUGGGUAUCAGCAGAUGGAAUGGCUGCGGGUGCAGCUGCAGUUCAUGCGUGAUCGAGGAAUGAAGGCCAUGCUGACUGGGCACGUGCCGCCAGUUCGUCAGGAUGCGAAGACUGCGUGGGACGAAACAUGCUGGCAGAAGUACACUCUUUGGCUACGGCAGUAUCGCGAUGUGAUUGUCAGUAGUCACUAUGGUCACUUCAAUUACGAUCACUUUAUGUUACAGGACUUCAAGGACCUGGAGAAAGACACGAAGAAAGGACGCAUGCAGUAUGUGCAUACAGAAGACUCCGGAGAUGACGAUCUGUCUGCAGUUGGCAAAACAGACUAUUUCUUGCAAUUGCGUGAUGAAUGGUCAGAUUUACCUUCGCCACCAAAGGCCAAAUCGAAAGAUUGGCUCGAUACUACGACCAAGGGGAAGAAGGACAAGUUCCGAAAAAAGCAGAAGAAAUAUCUCAAGAAAAUCGGCGGCGAGUAUGCACAACGCUUUGCGGCUAGCUUCGUGAGCCCAAGUGUUGUACCGAAUCUGUUCCCAACCCUGCGCGUGUUCGAGUACAAUACCACCGGCCUUGAGGACCACGUUAUGGAUGUGAACAGCGUAACAGAGCCGGCGCCAUUCGAUUUCGAAGACUCUGAUAUUAUUGACGUGACGGGGAAAAAGAAAAAGAAGAAAAAGAUGCCCAAGAAGUACAAAUUUACGAUCCCUGAACCGCCAUCGAAAUCCUCGCCGCCAGGCCCAGCGUAUUCUCCUCAAACCUUUUCGCUGGUGAAAUUCACGCAAUAUUUCGCCAACCUCACGCGUAUCAAUAACGAUUUCGCGGGCGAGGAGAUUGGUGAUGACAGCAUGGAGACUGAUAAAUGGCGCGAAGGUAAGCACAAAGGCAAGAAGCCUCCCGCCAAAGAUCAUAAGCCGAAGCCGAAGGAGUUCAAAUACGAAGUUCUGUACGAUACGAAACAUGACAAGGUGUAUCACCUGGACGAUCUUACCUUGCCUAGCUUAUUGGACCUCGCGAGAAGGAUAGGUGACUUUCAGCCAGAGGAUGAGAGCCUAGCAUUAGAUGAAGACGGUGAUGAGCGAGACAACGAUAGUGAUGAUCAGGAUGAUGAGGACAGCGAAGAUUUCGAGGAGAUGGGCAAGAAAGGAAAGAAGAAAAAGAAGAAGCAUCGCAAAGGCAAGAAGCGACAGCAUCGAAAACAGAACGAGGCGUGGUAUACAUUUGUGCGGAGAGCGUACGUUGAUACCAUGUCUCCUGAUGAGAUUGAUGAGGAAUUUGGAUAUUGAUGCGCAUGAAUUGAAAACGACACGAGAGGCAAUCUUUAGACGCUUCACUUAUUACCGCAUUCUCUCCAUGUGGUAACUUGACACUGUCAUACCAUU